AUGUACUAUUUUAAGGACAGGUGUUUGCCCGCGCUCCUUUGUAUUUUGAUUCCCCAAUAAAUCGUCACAAAUUAUCAAGAAAUCUGAAUUUAGUUUAUUGGACAGUUAUACAACGUAACGUGUGAGUGAUGGAGGAACACAUCCCUGUAACUUCAUGGGUCCAUACGAGCGAGGAUAUUUUAAGAAAGCAGUUUCCGUUGCACCGGCUAUGCAGAGAUGGUGAUGUCGAAGCGCUGUCGUAUCUGCUUCUAUCUGAUAGCGGGCAAUGCGACUUUUAUGUUGAAGAUAUUUUCUACGGGUGGACGCCAGCACACUGGUCGGCAUACUUUGGCAAGCUGCGUUGCCUCAUGAAGCUGAUUGCUGCCGGCUGCCACAACGACUGGGCGACGGAGCGCUUUCAGCAGACGCCUGCCCACCUUGCCGCCUUCGCUGGACACACACACUGUCUCAAGUGGCUGCUGCACUGUGGGUCACUCUUCAACCGGCAGGACUACUUGAACGAGACACCUAUGCAUAAGGCAGCAAGAUCUGGCAGCUUGGAGUGUCUGAGUCUCCUAGUGGCUCAUGGCGCUGAUACAGACAUAAAGAACCGUAACGGCCACACGCCGGCAGAUCUCGCACGCAUGUGCAACCACCAGAACUGCGCCGACCACCUGGUGGUGGCCAGGCUCUGCGCGUCGCCGACCCCCACGCAGCCGACCCUGGCCGUCGCCACGCCAACGCUGGUCAACGGUGCCGGUCACCUGAACGGUCACCAGGAGAACGGCGCGAGCGGGGAUGGCCACCAGAAUGGCUUCAGCAAUGGCCACUGUGAUAUCGACAUGGAAGACGACGAGGACGCAGCAGCAGCCGUGCAUGCGCCCAACGCAAACGGGGACCACAACGGCGCGAUGGAACACUGUCCGAACGGGAUGGAGUACCACCAAAAUGGUGUCGAGCAUUUGCAUAAUGGAAUGCAAGCGCACCAGAACGGCGGUGGUAUGGCGCAUCACGCAAACGGCGGCAUGGAACAGCAGCAGAACGGCAUGGAACAGCAGCAGAAUGGCAUGGAACACCAACAUAACGGUAUGGAGCACCUGCACAACGGUAUGGAACACCAGCAGAACAACGGCAUGCAGCAACACAAUGGCAGCACUGCAAAUGGAAACACCUUCUUCCCCUCAAUGGUUUCUCAUCAGGUCACACUGCCCAGAAAUCAAUGUGGCGAAGGCAUGAAGCCUUAUCCCCCUAGUGUUCUGAGCGGAGAUGCCACUAUACAGCCAGAGAUCUGCCAAAACUUGGUGCCGAUAACCGGGCGUAAACGAUCGCGGGAGGCCGCCGACGGCCACGAUCUCAAACGCAUGCGCUCCGAAGCGAUGCCGGUCGGCUCGUCGUUCGGCGCGCGCAAGCUGUUGCCGCUGGCGAUCGCGACGAGCAGCCUCGUCGAGCAUCAGACGAGCGCGAUGGUGCUGCACGCCUACGAGCAGCACUACAGCGACAUGAACUCCCCGGCAACGCACCAUGGCGCCGGCCAAUAGCGGCGCGGCGCGGCGGCCAAUGAUGGCGCAGCGGAGGGCCGACGGCGAAGUGGAAUGGUGGGAGUGAGGAAGCAACCGAGAGAAGAGCAGUCACACGUCAGCAUCGCGACGACAUCGUGGAGCCGGCUAAUUGCCACGUUUUGCAUUCGCCCGACAUUGCUCUUGUCGGCCUCUAGUGGGGUUAGGAGUAUGGUCCUUAAGGAGCGUUACAUGCAGCCACUAACAGUAGAGUCACUAGGAGAUUCGUCACGAGCGGGGGCCAGUGAGAGCAUGAAAUCCAUCCACCGCCGUCACCAGCCAACAGCCAAUAGCAACAUGGGCAAAUAGCAGCGUCGCAGCCUCCCUCCACUGCCAUCUUUGUCCAACAGCAGAAUCUUCAUGAUGUGUGCGGGCAUGGGCUAAUAGAAGAGUCAAAGCAAGCAAGAGCCAAAACCCGCCUGGUGUCAUCCCAGGGAUGGCCAAUAGUGACGCCACAAUGGUCAGGCUUCAGCGAAUGACAGCAUUACAGGGGCAAGUCGUCAGCUCCAAACAACCAAUAACAACAUUGCAGCGACCAUCAGCAUCAUGGCAAUAGCCCACAGCCAAUGGCACUCUGACAGCGGCAUGUCGUUGGCUCGCAGCAGCCAAUAGCAUCGUGACAACGACAUGGCGUCAGCUUCCAGCAGCCAAUCGCAUUGCAACGAGACCAUAUCUGCUGCCAGCCGCUAAUGGUGUCAUCACAAUGACAAGAUCUCAUUUUUCAGCAACCAAUACAAUCAUCACAAUGACAAGGUAUCAGUUUGCAACAGCCAAUAGCAGCAUAGAAUAGUGUCGCAGAUGUCAGGGGGGCAGGUUGUGCGAAUGCACAUAGUCAUUUCUAGUGACCACAUCUUUUGUUGAUUAGAUCUACAUCAAAUCCAGCGCAUAUACCGCCAUAGUUUAUACAGUGACAAGAAAUUUGAUUCACUGCCAGCAUAUAAGCUACAAGCCCAUUGCAGAGCGUUGGUAGUGUGAGGCAAUCAUUUGAUGGAGAAGAAGUGCAAGCAAACGUGUUGGUUUGAGUGAGCUUGUGGUAUGCUGCUAACAAUUUGUUUGUUUGAUCGCUUGUAAAUACCUUUACGUGGUGGCGGACGGUCAUAAGUGUCAGGCGAAAGGUAUGUUAUGAUCGCGAACGUUUUUUUUGCUAGUUGCCAUUUGUGCCGCAGCAGUGUAAAUCUUAAACCUUACAUUUAGUUUCUGUAUCAGUCAUGUUACCUCACUAAGGAACUCGCCCUAUAUCAUUGUGAACUGGACAAGGAAAACAAUUCCCAGUGUCAGUAGUUCCACGGAAAUGUAGGAAUGAAGUUAUGUGUUCACGUGUUCCUUAUUUUAGAUCUUGUCCUGCACACAUAAAAGUUGUCUAUACCACUUGUGCGACGUUAUAGAUUAUCCUAGCAAUCGGUUUCGCACCUCUAGCGGUUGGAGACAAUGGGAGCACUUGUGGCUGUCCCUACGAGCAAGGAUAGCUUCUCACAUAGUAUACUACAUACGAUGCAUAUUUUAGCUUUGAAGCGUUUAACGACAUGCACCUUUCAGUCUCCUCGCAAAGAGCUUUCUCGCGGAACGCGUGCACCCGUUUUAGUUUUGUACAUUACGUGCGCUGUGUUAUUUUUCUAACGGUUGCCUGAAUUUUAUUAGAUUUGUACAAACACAUAGUCGGGCGAAACACAGCUUAUUAUCGUAUCGCGCAUUUUUCAGCGCUGGAUGUUGGAAAAGCGACUGUUUUUUUAGAAUAAAAAACUACACGUCUCCGAAACCGCCGUAUUGUCUCGAAGUUUAAAAACUGAAACGACGCCAAGUUGUGGACAUGGACAUGGCAAUACUUGUUGUUCUUCUGCGUGAAGACAACAUUUGCGGUUAUUUAAUUAAAUUCGGACAAGGCAACCAACCAAGCAUACCUCUCUUCGUGAUCAGUUAAUUGCAUUUUCGUGAUUACCUUUGGAGUGCCUGGCUUGCAAGAGGAAGAGAGAAGCUAUGUAUAUAUGUGUUUAUCAUAUACAGUAAUUCAUUCGUAUUUAUGUUUAGUUAUGGGAGUCUGGAAACUCGGAUCAUAGUUGGGUUUGUGUACUUGUAUAAAACUGAUGAUGAUAUU